CACCUGAUCAAAACCCGUGUAAUACCCUUGGUGUCUCUGAAACGUGUCUACCGCUCGAAGGGCUUGCGAACGCGUUCUAUGGAGUCAACACAUACGAGAGACGCGUCCGAGCCGCCCAAGUCUCCGACGAAAGCCUCGCCGUCGGUGCAAUCGUCGUGGUUUACAUGGAACCUGGACAGCACGGAAUAUGAUCUGUUGCUCCUCUCGACUUGCGUCAAGUUACUUCUGUUCCCGGCCUAUCGGUCCACGGACUUCGAAGUCCAUCGCAAUUGGCUGGCGAUCACACACUCCCUUCCCAUAUCCAAGUGGUAUUACGAUGAAAUAGACAACAUCGGAGUGGAGUGA